AAAAAUAACCUUUAAUUUUAGUACCUUACCGCCUUAGCCAUCUAGACUCUCACUCUUCGUUCGCACUCACAAAAUCGGCUACGGAAGGAAUAGCAGGCAGAGAGACUGAGCUUUGGUGCCGUCUCCUUCGACUCCAACCUUACUUGCUCUUACUCUCACUUCCUCCAACUUCAUUUAGCUGCUUCAUAUUUUCCCUCCGCUUCAAAUUCUUCUGAUUUCUUCGAAGUUUAUUUAUUUUCUUCCCCUAGUGAAAGUGAAAUACAGGUUUUGCUAGGGUUUUUGUUUUCAACCAUCAACUGCAUUGGAGUUUUCUCAAGAACUAAACACCUUUAAAAAUGUUGUGCACAAGCUGCCCGCCAAAAUCUCUAACCCACGAUCACAUAUCCUGUAAUCUGAUACGCCCAUUGUGCGGCAUGGUACAAUCGUUCGACAAUUUUGACCCCCAAAUCCACGGUUGCGAUGGUCCUAUCGGAACUUAUAUCCAAGUCAGGUCUGCCGGUACGGGUUCCAUCCUUAACUAUAAUGAUAAAAAAAAGUCUACGAAUCGAAUAAAUUAAUAGAUGAAAUUACUUGUAAAUUACAUUUGGUCGGGCAACGGUCUGUUGAUGUCAAAAUUAUGAUUGGUAAAAUUAUUGAGGGUGAAUUUGAGUUAGGAGAGUGGUCUCCAGUUUUAAUUGGGGCGUGUGGUUAUGUUGUUUUGAGAAUUGAGAAUAAAUUAUUACCUCGCGCUGACAUUGUGUCUGUUUUGAAUGGGAAAGAACGGUUACGCUGAGUGGUUGAGUUUUUGAAUUUGAAGUUGCCUGAAUUUGAUAUUGUGAUUAUGAUUGAGAAACUGUUAAGUAAAUUAGUAAUUCGAAAUUGUCAAAAUUGGUUGAAUUGGGGAGGAAUAAGUUGGAGCAGAUGAGACAACAGGGAGUGUUUUUGUUGAAUUGCAUGGUGAAGUGGAUUUUGACGACUGCGAGGAGACCAAUACCAUUAGUGGCAGCUGUUAUGGUGUUUGUGGUGGAGUUGAAUGGGGUUAGUUUGAAGAUUGAGGAUGUUGCCAAGGAGGUCCAUUGUGUGCUUGGAACAUGUAGAAAAUGAUACUUGGAGUUGUUUGAAGCACAUGUGAAGUUGGCUUAAGUGUUGCCAUGGUGGAAGGAGGUGAAUGUAAAGAAUAUAGUGGAGAAUGCAUCUUUUGUAAUGUGUUAUAUGAAGUCUAAGUCCAGGGAGAGGAAAAAAGAAGGCAGGGAAAGGCUAAAGUGUGGUGGGAUUGAUUUCCAUGAUGUGGUUAGGGAGUGUUUGGAAAAAGAUUUUAUGGGAUUGAUGAGGAUAAGGUGGAAAGUGAUGCUCGAUAUAUUGAUAUGGAUGAUAGAAGUGGGUUUACUAUAAGGGGGACUGGAAAUGGUGGUAAGAUUGAGCUUUCUCAUGAAUGCUUGGAAAUGAUUUAUGCUAAGUUUUCUAAUGAGUUUGAUGGUAAGAAGUUAUAAAGGGAGAAUGAAGAGGUAAAUGGAAGGACAGGAAGGAGAGGGUUUGAGCUUUAUAAGGUAGGGAAUGGUGGAAUGAAAAAUCUGAAUUGAGCCAGAAACUUAUGAUUAAGCAAAUUUUGAAGAAAGAUGUGGGACUAGAUCUUAUGCCUCCAUCAUUUGUUAAUGGUUGUGUGGUUGUGCCCCACUGAUCAGCAGCUCCCUUGGCUACAACAUAAAUAUGGGGAGAGAGGAGCCUCUCUGAUGAUCAAAUUUCUAGCCUCCUUAGUUGGACAUACCAUAAAGUUGAAUCCAAGUUAGAGUUUGGGAUUGAUGUCAAUGGCAUUUCAAUUUCUGCAAAUGAAGAUCCUGUAAGCCUUGUGAUACAGGUUGGAAGUGUUUGAAGUAAAUAAAUGGAUAAAUAGAAAUUAGGAAGGAAACGAUGUCGUUUAAAUGUUAUAAAAUAUAAAGAAUGCCACUAUAUAAUGUUGACUAAUUGUACAGAUUGGGAAUUUAUUGAAAAAAUACAAUCAAGUUGCUUUCUGUUUUUCUCUCUGCCUAUUCUCGGUUCUCUCUAAUUCCUCUCUUCUUUCUUGAUUGUGAAUUUCUUCCUUCGUUAUCUCUUUUUCAAAUAGUUCAGUCCACAUCAAUUGGUAUCAGAGCCGUGAUCCUCCGCCAUGGUUGAAGAAACAGACCAAGAAUUUGAGCAAGAAAUAUUACAGUAUGUAUGGGAGGCAUUGCAAAAGGCGUUGCAAGAAUCAGAGACGCGUUUUCAGAGGUUGCUAAUGGAGUCCUUUGACGCUUCUCAUAGGAUGCUAAUGGAGUCCUUUGAUGAGAUCAACAACUUGAUUAGAGGUUCGAGUCUGCCACGGAUUGAAAAUUUUGAACAGAAUUUUAACCUAGCUGAAGCAAACACAGAAGAAGUUGCUAAAAAUCUUGAACAUAAAAUUGAGUUAAUUGAAGAGGAAACUGUUAUGGAAUAUCUGGAAGAUAGGGUUGACACAGAAGAAGUUGUUGAAAAUCUUGAACUUAAAAUUGAGUUAACUGAAGAGGAAACUAUUGUAGAAUAUCUGGAAGACAGGUUUCAAUUGUUAGAGAUGAAAGUGCCUGUGGAAAUGGUGGCGGUAACUAAUUAUGGUCACUUUCAAGGUGAAUUCAAGACAAAUGCAGAACAUGUAUCAAUCCAAGAGAGAAAGUAUGUGGUGCAUAAUUGUGAUGGCUCAUUGAGACAACGAAAUAUGCGAGUUAGAUCAGUGAAGGUAAAGGUAAAGAAAAAGAAAAAGAAAAAGAAAGAGAGUGUUAAUGCUGAGUUGUUAAUAUUGCCCAAAAUGAAGGAGUUUGGUUUGCCGUCAAAGGGUGGAGAGACUUUUUGUAUAGCAUUGGCGAAGAUGAGAGGCGUUGGCGAAGAUGUUGUAGCAUACCGACUUGGACUUUAUCUAACUAUAGCUCAAGAAGAAGCAGUGAAGGCACUCAUUCAGAAACUUCCAAAGUUUAUAUUAAAAGUUGUUUCCAUUGAUUGCAGUGAAUGUCCCAUCAGCUUUGAAGAGUUUUCUGUGGUGAAUGAGGUAAAGGCGUCGCAACUAACUGAGCGUGACUUGAAUACUGUUGCAUCUCAAGGCGCUUACUACUAUUUCCAUCAAAUAUUCAGAAAUAAACUUGGAACUACAACACUUGCACACAAGAGAAAAAGGAUCAGUGAUACUAAUACAAAACAAUGGGAGCAACCCCAGUCCUUUCAAUCAGGAUCAUUUACUUUAGAUGAAGUGAUUCUUGCUGCCUUUGAGCUUCCUCCCUAUGGAACUAGUCAUGUAAUUAAAAAAUUUGAGGGCAAAGCUGGAUAUUCGGGCCUUUGGAAGGGUGUUAAUGUAGCUGGAAUUGGUAUCACAUUACUUGUAGCCCUUGAGCUGUCCAAUGGGGUGAAUGCUUCUUUGGAAGAGACUCACAAAAAAUCCCUAACAUUGUUACAGAUUCAAAUGGUUGAGAUGUAUGAGACGAUUCUUGGGAGACAAUUCAACAAAUGUCAUGAAUUGGGACAGUAUGUGUGUGGUGAGGAGCUUGGUCUGUUCAUUGUGGUGCCACAAGAAGUUGUUUAUGUUGGUUUUUACAUUGUUUACAUGGUUAAUGUUCUCUUGUGUUACCAUUCUGUUUUCAUGGGGUGCCAGAUAUUUGGCAAUUAUGUUGAAGAUAACAUCCUCAUUUCCUUAGAGAAACUUGUGUGGUGGCUUAAAGAGACUUCACAUUUCGAAACUCUUCCUUGAGGACAAGGAAGCUUGAGGAGGGGGAAUUGAUACAGGUUGGAAGUGUUUGAAGUAAAUAAAUGGAUAAAUAGAAAUUAGAAAGGAAACGAUGUCGUUUAGAUGUUAUGAAAUAUAAAGAAUGCCACUAUAUAAUGUUGACUAAUUGUAUAGAUUGGGAAUUUAUUGAAAAAAUACAAUCAAGUUGCUUUCUGUUUUUCUCUCUGCCUAUUCGCGGUUCUCCCUAAUUCCUCUCUUCUUUCUUGAUUGUGAAUUUCUUCCUUCUGGUUUUGCCUUCUUCCUUCAUUAUCUCUUUUUCAAAUAGUUCAGUCCACAUCACCCUGAUUUUUGCUUUAGCAGGUAGAAAUUCAUGAAUGAAUGGUUAUGUUAUCUGUUUAGACUAGAAUCUUUUUCAGUCUAAUGAUGAAUAUUUAUCUUAUAACAUGAGCAAUUAGGUAAUAUUAGAUGAGAAUCUUGAAUAAUGCAUAAUAAAAAUUCUACCCUAACUGAGAUUAUUGAACCAAUUUAGAAAUUAGAUUGGAAUCUUGAAUAGUAAAUAAUAAUUCAAGAUUCUAAACUGACAGUUAGAUGAAGAUCUGAAAAUAGUAGGGGUGUGCGAAAAAUGGUUCAAACCGGACUGAACCACUGGAAAAUUGUGGUUUGGUUUGGGUUGGGCAAACUGAACAAAAGGCUUAAGGUUGGUUUAUGGUCCAUUUUGGGUGGAAAUGAAACCGGACCAAACUGUAAUUUUUUUUUGAAAAGAACAAUGUCGUUUUUUCCUUUGGUUAAUAAAAGUUACAAAACUAAGACAUUUGACACUCAGCUCCUUCUGCAACUGCGACUUCUUUCUUCAUUUGAUUCCUAGUUCCCUUAACACUGCAGGCUGUUCUUUUCAAUUGCUUACAAGUUAUUUUGGCAUGGCAGGAUUCGUUGCCUUAACUCUCCCUCUCCACUGGUGAUGAAAAGAACAGUGCUGGUCUUGUUGUGGUUCACAGCAUUUAGGAUUUUGUAGUGUGUUUAUAUGAUAUGUAGUUUAAUUAUGGUAGAUUUGCCUCUUCUGUAGGCAGCUUUUAUGGUUCCAACUGAGUUGCUUGCUAUCCAGUAUAAUGAGCACUUGCUUAAUUUGCUGGAGAAUAUGGAACAGGACAAUUGUAAACCUUCUAUUUCUUUACUAACAGAUUCUUAUAAUUUUGAUCUCCAAACGGGAGAUGUCUCUUGUGUCUUUGGAACCCAGAGUUUGAUAGCUGAAAAUGUUGAGUUUUGUGCUCUCAGCCUUGCCAUUGUGGAUUAACAGCUGUACCAUGGUUUUAUCCAGAGAGGAAGAUUUAACAGUAAGGUGGCCUGAAUUCUUCUGUGAAAAUAUCUUAUGGACCAUAUGAUGUUAGAAUACUAUUUUGUUUGGAUGGUUAGUUUCAGCUGAUGUUUCAUAGUUGUCUUUAUGCUGAGUUAUCAUUUCUGUUCCGAAUUUUUGAUGUCUUUAGCAUUAAGUUGUGCAGAUGUAGCUUUCAGUUUCUAAAUCUAAAAUACUGUUUGUUCUUUCUCAAACAAUGAAGAAACUAUACUCUGCUCUGAAACAUUGAAAAGUUUCACUCAUAGGAGCCCUUUGCCAACUUUCACAAAAACCAAGUGUUACAUAAUGGCAAUGGUUUGAUUGUUUUCAGAGUUUUCCCUAAAUGACUUGGCCUGGUAAAAAAUUGUGCCCUUUAGUACAUUCAAAUAGAAAGCCACAUGGUGCCAUGUACUGCAAGCCCAUACAUUUCUUCUCUUCUAUCUGUUUUGGGUUAAGAACAACUUAUUCCUCUUAUUAAAAUGUAUUUUGAUACAUAUAUCUCUUUCUACUGAUAGAAAAGGAUUCAUUUUACAUCAUAUCUAUAUCCAAGUGAUCCUGUUGAAGGUCAUAGAACAAUGCACUAACAAGGAAACUUGAUUAAUGUUGGGUUCGGCAGGAACUCAAAACAAUGAUUUUCGUCUUCACCAGUCCAAUAAGCAUUGAUUUUGUAGUGUAGUCUUGUUACUGGUAUAGGAUAUAGCAGUUUCAUUAUCUUUUUUCAGAUACCUAACUAUGCCAUUAAAACAUCAUUCUGUCUUAGUGUCAUAACAAUUUCCUGUCAAAAUAUAAAGGAAACACUACACAUGAAACUCCUGAGUCCUGACAUCAUCAUAUGCUCUUGAAUUAUUGUGUCUGGUAUUGAACCCUUUCCUUAUUAAAUGGCUUAUGGACUCAAAUAUACUGUAUGUGUAUUAUUAACAAGUUUCUGGAUACCUUCGAAUAUAUUGCUCUGAAGAAAAGAUUUAAAAAAAAAAAAAAUGGCUGCCAAACUUUUUGGUAGCAUUGAACUAAGAUGUUUAAUCUGGAGAUGUAAUGCUUCCUAGAAAUGAAUUGAAGCAUUUUAUCAGAAACGAUGUCCUGGUUAAAUUCAAAUUUGUUUUUAACCUGAAAUCAAUAUGGGGUAUGCACUGCAAUACAAGACUGGCUACUUCAAGAAUUGCUUAGAGGUUGCUUUGCUGAAGCAAGAUGGCAUGGUUCCGGUUUUAACCACAGUUGUGGCAGCAGUUUUAUGCAAGUUGCAAGCAGUUUUUGAGGUCCCUCUUAUACUGAACCACCUGAAACUUAUUUCGUGGUUGUUUAUGAAUUUUCACAAGUCACAAAUGAUUAAUUCAAUUUCUUAGCUGAAUGUGAGCUUUGGCAUGUAAUAAUGAUAGAAAUGUCAAAUCUUUCAAUAUAAACCAAAAAGUUAACUAAAACGUUUGUCAAUUGGAUUGACAAAAAAACAUGUUCCUGGAAUAAAGUUGAAAACAAACUAGUUCUUACUCCGUUGGCUUUAGUGAUUCUUCUUCUUCUUCUUCUGAUUGUUCUUCUUCUUUUAUUUAUUGAAGGGUGUUGACAGAUGCAAGUUGUUGAUUAGCUUUUGUAGCAGCUUAGGAUGGAUAUAGUAGUGGUAUUUUUAAAGUGUGCAACAUACAGAUUCACAUCUUGCAAUUUGUGGCCAGACAUACAUGUAUCUUGUUGACCUAAAGCAUAUAUAAUUUGGGAAUGAUCGCA